AUGCCUACACCCAAUGCAUUUCCUCUAGGUCACGACGUGGCAGACACUAUUCUGCAUCAUAUCGACGAUGCCGCUACAUUGUUCUCGUUCAUCCUCUCAAGCAAAGCUGUUUUCGGCGUUUACAAGGACCACUCUAUGUCGAUCUUGCGCUCCGUCGCUGCCUACCAGGCGAUCGUUGCCUUGGGCAUCAAGGCGCACAUGAUGAUAUAUGGAGCAAAGGAAGGCGUCAUCGACGUAAAAGAACUCUGGAUGACGAUCCCCGCCCACCAGCGUAGCAAGCCGGAAGAGUACGACUUCGAGACAUAUUUCUCGUGUCGGCGACGCCGGAUGGACGAGAGCAUGAUACGGGAAUUGCGGGCGUGCCAGACCCUUCAGACUAGCCAAGACGCGCCCGGUUAUUCUUGGGCAGAGGAUGAUUCGCUCUGUGAGCAAUGUCUGAAACGAUGUAUAACCGAGCGCAUAGUUCCGUGGUGGUCGCGCCAGAGGCUCGAAGUGACUAAGGACAAGCGCCCUAAUUGUCGUCACGGUUGGGGAUGCAAGAGCAACGUCGACGAUGAAGAUCACGCAUGUGCCUUCAACCAUUUCUGCGAGCCAACGCCCGACAACUGA